AUGAUGGACACAAAAAAGAAGAAAGAAAUAAAAUAUUUAAGAAUUAAAAGGAAUAAGAAUCUUAAUUUUAUAUACUUGAAGAAUUUUUAUCAAAGAAUUAAUAAAAUUAGAUACAAAGAUAAAGAGGUAUUAUCAGAACAAGUUGACAAUAUCAUUAACAAAGUGAUAAAAACACAAGAAAUUCGAAUUAAUAAAUUAAAUGAAUGA